CUCAUACCCUCUUUAUAAUUAAGAAGCUAUUGAGCGUAUCUCUCUACUCACUCACUUUUGUUGUAACUUCCCUCAUCAUUACAAAUUUCAAGGCUUUCAAAAUGCUGAAAUCGGGCAUUGGAAUUGAGGAGAGGAAGCAAUUGAAGAAGCCAGCACAAGCCAGCUCGAGAAAGGGUUGCAUGAGAGGAAAAGGAGGUCCUGAGAAUGCUAGUUGCACCUACAAAGGUGUGAGACAGAGAACAUGGGGGAAAUGGGUUGCUGAAAUCCGUGAACCCAAUCGAGGUGCUCGGCUCUGGCUCGGGACUUUUGAGACCUCUCAUGAAGCUGCUUUGGCUUAUGAUGCUGCUGCACGUAAGCUUUAUGGCUCUGAUGCCAAACUCAAUUUACCAGAACUCUCUAUCAAAUCUCAAUCUCAGUGUCCACCACCAUCACCACCACCACCUUCUUCUGUUACCAACAACACUCAAAUGGAAAACCUGCAGCAGAUUCAAAACAAUUACAUAGACAUGGCUACGUGUUCUAAUUUCAACAACAUCAAUAAUCCAGAAGUUUCCAUGGCCUCUCAGCAGGUUGGAGUUGGACCAAUUUACACCAGUGACUCCAUCGUGUCUCUUCCCUUGGACACCAAUCCCAAGCCUGUGGAGAAUGAGGUCGAGUUUCGUCCAUCGUGGGCGACAAUGAACGAGGGUUUGCCGGUUUUCGAUGAUUCCAUUUGGGCUGAAGCUGCUAUGUCUCUAGAUUUUCCUCACAUUGCAGCAGAGACUGCGAUUUACGCGUCGGGGAACAACUUGGCUGAUGUUGGUGUUUGGGACUCUCUGCAAACCCCAUGGUGCAUGUAAUUUCAUCACAACAACUCUGAAGGGCAAUGGAAAGUCACAAGCUAUAGCUUUUCUUCUCAAUUAUCUUACCACCUGGUUUUUUUUUUAAUAUAUAUAUAUAUAUAUAUAGUGUACAUAGGAGGGGUAAGUAAGUACUUUGUAAAGACGUAGAUGAUACCCAAAAUUAAGACUUAUUUAGUUAAAUAGGAUAUAUCAUAUAUAUAUAUAUAUAUAUAUAUAUAUAUAUAUAUAUAUGGUGUCUACCUUUGACUGUAUGGGAAACAAACCAUGACGUGGUUAUUUCCGCACGUCAUGGUUCUACGCCUCCUAUAUUAAUAUUAUGUUAUAUGUAAAUAUUAGUAUUAAGGGAUGGUGGUGGUGAUGCUCUAUCGCCCCGAUAUUAAUAGGUUUGUGCAGUUUGAGUUUUAUGUAAGCAGCUUGUGAGUUAUAUGUCAAUAAAAAUGUACAACUAGUAGUUGUAUACUUAUUAUA